GAAGCAACAGAGACUCACAAAUAAUAAACACAAUUCUACAGAUAAGUCAUGAAUAUUCUUUUUGUUAAUAUUAUUGUCGUUUGUUUUCUUGUUGGAUUUAUAAUAGGAGGCGACCCUGCUUGUGAAAAUGUCCCAAAGACGAAAAUUGAUGAAUGUUGCAAAAUUCCCAAAGCAAUCGAUGAUAAAAUAAUCAAAGAUGUUAGCACAAAUGUUCAAGCGAUGGAAGGAACGCCAACGUUUAAAAAAUGUAAAAUGAGCGAGGAAAUCUUCAAGAAAUUGAAUUUAGUUGUCAACAAUGAUAUUGAUUGCAAUGCCGGUUCUCAAUUUGCUGAAAAUAGUAUGUCAGAUCCUGAGUGGAAGAAAGUGAUGAAGGAAGCAUUUGACGGCUGUUGCAUUGAAGCACCUAAACUUGCGGAAAAAUAUCAACAAUUGGUACAAUUUCCUAAGGAUCAGUGCAAUAUUUUAUUUGAUGUCAUUAUUGAUUGUGUGAGACUCGUUUCUUUUGCUACAUGUCCUAAAUCCUCUUGGACCGAUAGUCAAGUUUGUAACGAUGGCAAAACUUUCACCCAUAAGUGUGGAAAUGAGCUUGAAGCUAUGGAAAAAUUCAUGAUGAACCAGUAUGCAUAAAAAAUGAAAGUUUCAAAAAUAUUAAACUUUAAUCAAUGUCAGAAAUAAAGAAUUUCUAUUAAAACUUACUUAGUAACAAAACGGAUUAAAAUAUUUAAUGUAGAUAUUAGGUAUAAAUAAAAAAGGAAUCAUCAAAAUUUUAAUGAAUCACAAGUUAACGCCGAAUCAUUAAAGAUUUUUUG